AUGAGUUAUCUGGCUUUCUAUUGUUAUCUAUUUUGUUGUUAUGUUGAUGACUUGACCUUGCAGUCGAAGAGGAGAACUAGGGAGCCAAAGGAAGAGACCGUCACUCUUGGUCCUUCUGUGAGAGAGGGAGAGCUUGUUUUCGGUGUCGCUCACAUUUUUGCAUCAUUCAAUGACACUUUCAUUCACGUGACUGAUUUGUCUGGACGGGAAACAAUGGUUCGUAUUACUGGUGGGAUGAAGGUCAAAGCUGAUAGGGAUGAAUCUUCCCCAUAUGCUGCUAUGCUUGCUGCACAAGAUGUUUCUCAGAGAUGCAAGGAGCUUGGCAUCAAUGCACUUCACAUCAAGCUUCGAGCCACUGGUGGAAACAAGACCAAAACACCUGGACCUGGUGCUCAGUCUGCUCUCAGGGCUCUUGCUCGUUCAGGAAUGAAAAUUGGUCGUAUAGAGGACGUGACUCCAAUUCCUACUGAUAGCACUCGCAGAAAGGGUGGUAGGAGAGGAAGAAGGCUGUAAGCUUGCUGCUUUUGUCAAGAAGCAAAUGCGGUUUCUUGUUGAGAAUGCUGCAGGUGUUAGUUUUGAUAUGAACUUGAAUCGUAUUCAUCUACUAUGUAGUUCUACUGAUGUUGGCCUUGCCUAUAAAUUUUGCUUCUUUUUCGUGGUUAAAUUUGUGAAACAAUUAAGAGAAAUAUGAAUUUUAGCCUUCUAUC